CGAGAUACAAACGUCACUGUAGCAGAGGGACCCGGCCAGAGCGCUCGAGAAAAAUAAGAUUUCCCGCAAACACGCCAACAGUAAAAAAACGUCUAGGGUAGUCGAGAUGCUGUUGUGGAUGGUAGCUGCAAUGGUAGUCGUAAAUCAGAUACCUGAGGCCACCAUGGCGACGGCUCGGAAUGAUUUUGUGAGUACCGUGCAGAAACACGGAUGGUAUUACUACAUGCUCUCCGGCUACGCCAUGAACACUACGGGGGAAUACAACAGCACCAUCGCUCCGUCCAUGUGUGUGUGCCGCAGUCGGUGCGACGUGAACCCCUCCUGUCGCGCUGUGUCCAUGAUACCGCUUGCGGCCGGCGACUCCAGCGGCCAGACGGAAUGCCGCACCUCCACGUACCCGGAGAUCCUGAGCGAGAAAGGGAAUCGCCCUUGGCUGGAGGCGACCGAGGGCGCCUUCCACAUCCUGAGAACUGAUGCCGGAGACCAGAAACUGCCGCAGUAUAACGACGGUCUGUACUACAACAGACCCGCAUCGGAGAAGACCUGGGAUGCGGCAGGCUGUCCGCUUGCGGUGGCCAGGACGGCGGACCAGCUGGAGAUCUUGAAGAUGGAGUUGGAGCAGUUUCCGCCCUCAGCUGGUGCGAUGAUGUACGUGGGCCUCCGAAGAGACGCAAACGGGUCUCCGGUCUGGGACUUCGGAAGUCACACUGAGCCGUACACCCUGGACAGUGGCCUGAUAGAGGACAGUCUGCCUUCGUCCGAUCCUGCGGUGUACUACCUGCAGAAGGACGCUGUUUCAGCAGAGUACAAGUUCGUGGCUUCUGAUGGCAGUACACCUCGCCGCGUGUUGUGCCAGAGGAACCACCUGAAUAUCAUAUUUUGAAGGCGUGGCAGACUUGUAGUUUGAGAGGAAAAGAGAGAGGAGAAAAGGAGGGAGGAGAUAAGGAGAAGAAAGGGAGAAGAUGAAGAAUAGGAGGAAGGGGAAAUGAGACCACCACAAGGGUUUUGGAAUUACUAGUGAUGGGCGAUACUCUGUUUUUAAUCAAUUACUUUGAUUACUUUUGCGAUCAGUA